AUGGUUAUGGACGCUACUGAACUUUCACGAUGGACACGGUUUGCAAGGAAGGGUGGUAUUGGAAGGUGUACCGCGAUACACGAUUGUGUUGCGGAGGGAGAACAAGAUUUGAUGUUCUUGAAGGACGAUGAGAUUACUGUCUUGAUGCAAAUACCGGACCUUGAUGGUGUGUAUCUGGGUUACUGCGAAGGUGUCGUUGGCCGUUUUCAAGGCGGCGAUGUCCACUUUCACUCAAAGUUGAAGAAGCCAGUCAUGACCAAACGGUCUUCGGUUCUACAAGCAAAGUCCCCUACACCAAGUUCAGCAUCCCCUCCGAUACCAACAGUACCUCCAUCCCCACCAACCUCGGCAGGUCGAGCACCGUAUACUCCUUUGCUCGGGCAAUCAUCUAGCCCAAUAGGUGUCUUGUCCUCAUCUCCCCCUCCUAUGCAGGUUUACCAGCCACCAUCGCGUCACCCCUCCGCCAGAGCCUCUGAAAUGCCAGCGAAAAAUCAUACUACGAACGCCGAGUUCCCGGAAAAGGAACCAUCAUCAUCCAAAUCACCACUUCCUUCUUCCCAUCCGAAAUAUAUUCCCACUGGAUCCGGCACGUCUGUUGACGGAACCCUUUCCAGAGUAUCAGCCUCCAAUAACAGUUCAAGGCCAAUUCCUUUGCCCUCCGUGGCUCCAGCAUCGCCUGCGCCGUCGAGUCAUGGACAUUCUCACUUGCCUCCAACUUAUAAAUUCCCAACGGAGCCUUCUUCGCCCUCCAAAAAACGAAAGCAACAGACCGUCCCAGAGCAAAUAUCUUCAGUUGAUUAUCGGAUGAGUGCAAACCAAGUAGAAGAGGAGGUUACCGUUGAAGGAGAGCUUUGCCUGCACCGCACCGCAUCCCAAUCCUCUUCUAAUCUUGGGUACGGUGGUUUGUCCGAAGACGAAGCAUUAAAUCCAGGGACGAGGUUCUCGACUGCAUCCUAUGGCUCAGAUGAUGGUCAAGUGGGCAUUGGUUUAUCCUUAAUGGGUGCGUUGGCGGGAAGUGACUCGGACUCUGAAGACGAUGUUGACGUAUUGGGAAGGAAAAAGGGUACUGUCAGAGCUGGAAUAUCAUUUGAGUCAGACGAGGAUGAGAACACGAUCGAGAGUGUAACCCAGGGAGCUCCAAAUCUAGCGCACACAGACCUCACACGGCCUCCAACGGAGACUCCAUUUUCAGUUUCCGGUACAGAAGAUAAUGGGCCUCCGUUAUCGUGUGUGAGAAAUGGAGAAACUACUCAGACUGCGCCUGUCGUUGUUCCGCUUCGAUCAGAUUCUCUACGUUUUCACCGGGAUCCUUCAGUUUCAAUCAAGAAACCUGAUUCUUCCGUCUCUUCAUCGUCUGCUCAACUCAAGACCGAUUCUCCCUCGACGGGCCAGUCUCCCGACCCGAAUCGUUCCUACCUUUCAGAUGACGAUCUCUCACCUCAUCCUUUCGAUGGAGAUGAAUGGGAAGGGGCGUCCGACAUCUAUGACAACUAUCGCUAUUCCAGAUAUUCGCGAUAUUCGCGAUCGUCUGUGGCCAAUUCUCACCGAUUUUCAGGCGUAUCAAUCAAUAGUACUAAAGGACAUCGGCAAGUACCAUCAGCAUCGACUAUGCCAGCUUUACCCGUUGGAGCAACAGGAUCGCCAACUAGCUUAGCCUUCUCAACCGUUACUUCCCCAACUAGUCCAAAUACGGUUUUCGGCAGACAGGCCGAGCAUAAGGAAGGUCCAGAAAGAGACGACUCACCCGUAGAUCCCAGCGUGCUAUCUUCAUCGAGCUCCACAGCACUUGACGAUAUAACUGUCGCUGAGCCUCUCCGUUCGAACAUUGGAAUGUUCGGCUCGCUGACUGGCUGCAUCCUCAUCUCCACGACAACGACAUCCGUUGUUGAAUCUAACGCCGAAAUUCCUCCGCAAAACGCAAACCAAGUGACAUCCCUUACACGCUCCAACUCCGUCGCAUCAACCAUCGAGUCGCAUUAUUCACGCGAUUCUGAGUCUCACAGCUCACCCAAUGCGCUACGCCAGCGGUCGUUUAUGUUUUCCCCUGCACGAGGUGAUAGGGAGGACACGGACUUUUCUGUGCCUGCAAUUGGAAACUAUUCAGACUUUACUCCCUCAGUAUCACCCUCUACCGAAGAACCCAUCCUUCCAAAACCGUCCCAUCUCUCCGUGUUAGAAGCAAACGCUGCGUCCUUCCUUCGACCAGAGAACGCCAGGUUAUGGCAAACUACUGAAAAGUUAAACAUUGUCAAAACACCUCCACCGACACAGGAGACUUUCCCUCACUCUCCAGAGGAGGAAGCAAUCGCUGUCGUUGUUCCAGAUGAUUCUGCCAAGGUUACUACAAAAACCCAAGAAGCGCCCCCACCAUCCCAAACUCCUUCCAAAACUAAGCAACCAAAAGUUAGGCCCACCCCUCUUAGUCUUCUCUCGACCACUACAACUGAAGUCGGUGCCUCCCCUCUAUUGCAUACAAGGUGGGGAAGUCCUGUGAGCUCAACAGGAAUGAGUUCAGGUAGGGUCAGUGUGUACGACGAAAGCGGGAGCACGUUCCCAAAGACACCCCGCGAUUUUGAUUUGAGUUCUGGAGAGCUGCCUAUUCCCGGCGUACCUGCUGGAACCGCUCGAAUGGCGCUAGAAAUGGAACAGACGGAAGGACCUUAUAUUUCAUCGAUCAAAAUCAGUACCAAUAGGUACAGUGAUAUGCCUCUAGUAGUCGAGGAUGAUGAAGAACUUCCAUCCCACGCGAAGAAUCACGACUCCAAAGAUUUUGAAGUUGAAGGGAAUACAACUUUGGAUACAGGAGGAGGCGAGAAGGACACGAGCUCAGUCUCAGAUAGCACAUAUACGAGUCAUUUUUUGGAUGGUUUGAAGGAUAAAUCCUUUGCAGACUCCACUAGCCAAAAGACUGGUCUAAAUGCUCUAAGAAAAUUAGUCACUUCUGCCGAUGACCACCGCACGCCUUCACCAACACUCCUUAUUGUUCAAAGUUCUUCUCCCUCGUCCCCUUCUUCCACCCCUGGCUCACCAGCGUCUCUAACUGUGUCGUCCCAUUCAGCAGGUCCGCCGUCUCCUUCCCCUUCAGCAUUCCCGAUACCACCCACACACCAAGGCGACACAACCCCUGUCAACGCUCCUUCAUCUCCUAAUCCCGCUCACUUGCGACCUCAGCUUGUGGGUGACGGUGAGCGGAGAAGUCUGUUCCUUCCACAUCCAAACGCGCCUAAACCACCUACCGAUGGACCAGGGCUAGGUCCAAUGGGGCCACUGUACCAGGGCGGAAAUAGCCCACAACACCCAGCCUUCAACGCUGGAUCAGCUUUAAACCGGAUAGACCCUAAGAAGAUAGCCAUUCACGCGCUUCGACUUGCGUUGUCGGUACCACCGCCACCUUCGAAUCUGCUCCCACCACCCUCUUCCGCACCGAUCAGAGGAAAGAAUGGUAAACCAGCACCCACUCUCGCACCACCACCACCACCUCCCAGAGGGCCAACCAUCUAUGCGCGGGUUGAUGUCGACCUUGCAAGUGCGAAUGGGCCCGUUCCUAUUACGUUUGGCAUAGAACCAAUGGGUCCACCCCCGUUACCUCCCCCCCUACUUCCAGAUAAUUAUAACAAGACAACGGCAGGGUUACCACACAUAGUCGCACCUUCUCCUCGUGUGGCGCCUUCUCCAUUGCGACUAGGCCCUGGCGCACAACCUGAGACGCUGAGACAGACGUCAGUCAUGAAAGAUAUUGGCCUCGCGGUACCACGUUCACCCUUGGCGCCUCCUUCUCCGCUGAAAGAUGUACCGUUCUUUAAUCAUCUUGAGUUUCGGUCGGAUUCCUCAUCCCCACAAGUUCCAUCUGGUGCUGUGGGCAAAGGUCGCCAAGGUCUACUCGGGCGAAGUGCAACCACGUCCGCGGCUAUCCCGAGCGUCAACCCCCCCACUGCAUCGUCAGGCAGUAGUACCAGCAACGGACAGUUUGCGCUACCACGCACUCCGGUGAGGUCUCCAGAUGGCGAGUCAGGACAUCCAGCCAAUCUACAUGAAACCAGCUCCAACGGUUCCAAUACAUCGAUGCAUGCGCCUAUCCCACGAGCUAAUUUCACACCUCAAGUUGGCGGGCUUGGCAUGCGGCCACGUUCCAGAAGCUUCACAGCGUUUAACUCCCCGCCUAUUGCAAACGGCGGCACUAGCUUCAGAGAUGACUCAGGAUUCGGUCGAGCUCGUGAGACAUCAAGUUCUGGAUCGCCCUUGAGAACUGUCACUGCUUCUGAAGUCUCUCCUGUCCGUUCUCUGACUAAAUCAGUUUCAACCCCGAAGUUACACGUUCCUUCGCCGUUGUCUAUUCCAGCUAAUAACAAGGUUGGACCCGGUACCCCCGGCAUAUCUGGCCCUCUCGCAUCAUCCUCACUCGCAACUUUUCCUCCACCAGCAAGCUCGACAAUACCAACCACUCCCGUCUCUCCAACUAAAUCGAAUGGAGCCCGACUUCGUAAAGUAACUUCAGUGACAUCGCUUGAGAGUGCGGCUAGUUCAUAUAGUACAGCAGCUGAAUCUUCUCCUCCGCCUUCCCCCAUCACCCAACGGAUGCCAAAGAAACAGUCUUUUCAAUCCAUGGAUGGUGCAUCUGUAGCUGUGAUCACUGCAAAUCCACGUCCAUUUGAUAUGCCUCCAAUACCUGCUGGGGUUGGUACACUGGUGGGAGGUUCAUCAGAUCCAGAAACGAGCUCUGUUGUCAGUGCUCGCUCACAGGCUGUAUCUCCACCGCCGUUUGGGCGGAGGUCCUCUCUUCGAUCGAAACUAUCAUUACCGAAUAUGCGUCGAAGCUCCAGUCGACAUGAUAGCAUGAACUCGAAUAUCCGGCCUGUUCAGGACAGCCAGACAUUACCGAAGGAAAACCAGACUGUGCAAUUCGAAGACAUGGACUUUGAGCUAGUCAAGCCCAAUGUACCUUUCCAAAACUCAAAUCGGAGAGGGAGCGAAGAAUCGUCGAUAGUCCGACCGGGGAGUAUGGAACGAUUUGACCAACUACGAGCAGACAGUCCAGCUUUCUCAAUCGCUUCAUCGGGAUCACGUCUAACAACAGGGCUUGCCUCGGACUCAGCAGCAAUGCGGGCGAGAGCUAAUACCAAAGCUUCGGAUGCCGAAGCUUCGAUGGAAUCCCAUCGUCAACGUGAAUUGAAAUGGGUAUCUGUCAUGUCGAGUGUCCCACCAUCCCAAUCGCGGAAGACGAAGAAAGUGAGGAAGCUGAUCGGAGAAGGUGUACCUGCCUCCGUGAGGUACCUCGUAUGGUCCCAUUUAACGGACUGUAAAGCAAAAAAUGUCCGUGGAGUUUACACCUCUUUUGGGAAAAGGGCUCGAGUCGCGGCUUUCAAGGAUAUUGAGGGGGAUGUUAGACGAUGUUUCACGGAGUAUGCGCACUUGCAGAAUACGCAGGGACCUGUGAUGGCCCUCUUACAGGCUUAUCUCACGAUGGUUCCGGAUGUGCCUUACAUGACAGGCUUGACGCUCAUUGCCGGACACUUGUUGCUUUCAGCACCAGAGGAAGAUGCGUUUUGGAUAUUUGUGUCCAUAAUGGAUUCCAUGCUACGACCCUAUUUUUCUUCCUCAUCACUUCAGAUGGAAGUUGACGCUGCGCUCUUUAGCCGGGCGUUGGAAGCUAAUGACCCCCCGACGGCAAAGAAACUGUUGAUGGACAUGAGCAUGAAUCCGACUCAUAUCUGUAGUCCUUGGUUUUCGACAUUGUUCGUUGGGUGUUUGCCCACCGAUUACAUUGACCGAGUGUGGGACUUAUUCUUGUAUGAAGGGGUCCCUUUCUUGAUACGUGUCGGACUUGCUAUCGUAUACUGUUGUCGUCGCGCUCUCCUUGACGCAACUGAUGAAGAGACCGUGUUGGAUUAUUUGAGGCAUCCAUCACCAAACUGGUUACCUCCUUCGGCUGAUGCAUUCAUCACAUUCGCCCUUUCGUUCAAAGUGAAAGACGAGGAAGUGCGAAAGCAACGGAUUAAGAUGGAAGCUCAAGUAAAACGUCAAGCUCAACAAGCACCCCGUUCGACGGGUGGUGCUAUCUCUUUUCCGAAGAGCUGA